CGAACCUAACAACACCACCUACAAAUAAGCACGUUGGUGGCGUCGGUUUGACAGGUGGUUUGUAUGUAUAAACAAUCUAUGAAAAUCAGUAGUGUUUGUUGUAUCGAGUGGGCGGUAAGCUAUCAGUGCAACUUUCAAAGAUGAGCAAAUUCUUCACAAAAGCUGGGUGAUUGAGAUGUUCUACAGUAUUAGUCCCAGAUAUGUCAUAAUUCUUAAACAAGUAAUUGUCACUUGUUGCUGAAUAUACCAGACGGGGGAGCUAUUGUAACAUUUUGCCGAGUACUUCAGAAGAAUGGAAACGAUGUUCGGAGGAAUUUGAUAAAACAUGGAAUUCCCCCAUUGCCUGGCUGCUAUGGACGGUACCACCUAUGGAUGCCCUGUCUACAAGGUUAAAAAGUUGCCUGUGAGCGUCUGUGUACGGAUUUCGUUCUGUUCUUGAGAAAAAGAAGUUGGUUACCCAACAUUUAGUGAAGGCAUUGAAAUGGGAGUUCAUGGCCUACGGACAUUUGUGGAAAGGCACUGUUCUGAUGUCUGCCGCUGGGUAGACAUGUCAACUUUAGCUGCCCUUUACAGAUUUGAGAAUGGCAGAAAACCAGUGAUUGUUGUUGAUGGACCAUCAUGUCUUAAAACAAUAUAUGGUCAGCUAAACUGGACAUGUGGUGGACAGUACAAAGAAUUUAGGGAGGAAUGCAUUAAAUUUGUGAAGUCAUUUGAAGACAAAGAUAUAAAAUUAGUUUUCUUCUUUGACGGUCCAGCACUAAAUGCAAAAAGAGAAACUUUGAGUGAACGAAGAAGAAAAGAUAAGGAGGCAGAUAGAAAGUUCUUUUACUGGUUGGAUAAUAAUCAUGCACAGGUUGAUCAGCUUCCCAACUGGAUGAAGCAGCCUAUAGGCCUUCAUUAUUAUGCCAGAUAUAUUUUUCAACACUUUUGUGGCUGUGAGGUUUAUGCAUCUGUUAAUGAAUGUGAUGAGGAAAUUGUCGACUAUGCCCGCAGACAUUCUUGUUUUGGCAUUCUUGCUCGAGACACUGACUUCAUGAUACAUGCUGGAAUACACUACUAUUUUGCAGUGGACAGGAUCAAAUUUCCUAAACUUUUUACAAUACUUUAUGAUAGCAAGAACCUAGCAGACAGGUUAAGACUGUCCGAGGAGCAUCUCCCACUUUUUGCUUCACUUAUGGGAAAUGACAUAGUCCCAUUAAGAAAACUAAGGGAGUAUCAUGAAAGCGUCAGCAGCCGAGGGAUGUACUGGUACAAGGACAUCGCACUCAACAUUGCCGACUAUAUAAGGAGUAUUCCAAUGGGAGACACCAUUUACAUUUUGCUCCGACUGAUAUGCUCUGAACUUUUACAUGAUCCAAGUAUGAGUGAUGUUUUGGCUGAAAGUAUUUGGAGUUACCUGCCACACCCAGACAUACCAAUUACAGGUAACACUGGCAGUGACUGGGAACGAAUACUUUUAACAGCUGCUGAGAAACACAGAAAAAAUGAAAUCCCAGGGAUAAUUUUCCGUGUGCUCAACGAAGUUCCACGUGACUGUGGUGCUAGGAUGGAAGAUUUUGCAGACACUGUUUUCCCGCCAGCAUCUAUUGUUCUGCAGAAAACAAAAGAGAGACUUAAAACUGUGUUGCUGCUUGAGUGUCCUCGAACUCAGACUUCAAAUGAGAUGUCUGUCAAUGGCAAAGACAAUAGGAACGGUAGACAACAUGUUACAGUUGAGAGAUUUCAUCCAUUCUAUAAAGGAUAUCGUCUGGAGCCCUGGAGGCAAUCCUUCCGCUGUCAGAGAAGGACCACAAACUUACCCUACAGCUCAGAGCUGGUUCUAGAUCAGUCUACCUCGCGAGGGACGUACCAUUCUGCGGACAACGCUCGGACGCGGCCAAGAAUGGUCCGGAAACAAGUGAGACAUCCUGGUCUCAAUGCACUUUGGGACUCAAAGGCCAGUGAUGAUGAUACCGUGAAGAAGAGAUGGGGUCUAAUCGCUUGGAUAUUGUCUAAUUAUAUGCAACCUGAAAAACUAAAGAUUAUGCCAAAUCAUCUCAUUAUUCCAGCUGCAACACUGUUUUACCUCAUACAUGAAGUUGACGAGUUAUUCAUUAUGGAAACUGAAGUUGAUUUGUUCAUUAUCAUGGCUAUAACUAUUAAUGAACAUGACUAUGAAUACCUAAAAGGUAUACAUGUCUCAAAGCCUAAUGCUCGAGGGUAUCGUUUGACAAAUAUUUAUCUUAAAACUGCAAUGCAUGUUUUCAAUACCAUUGGAGCAUGUGGCUUUCCAGUACCACCUCAAGAGUGUUUGCCAGAUACCUAUUUCGAUGGAAAAUAUUUUCAAGAUUUGUGGAAGAAGAUGUCCUUAGGGUUUGAUAUAAAAUCACUCAUCAAUCACCGGGAUGAUUACAAAGCACAGUACUUGCAAGUCAAAGAGUUUCUCACAAAGCAAAAUGCAAAUCUUGAAAUGUCUACUUUCUAAAAAAAGAAAUGUGUAUAUUACUGUAAUUGCGAGAAAAAUAAGGAAGAUGUUCUUGAAUACAAAUAAGAAGUGAAACAUGCAGUGGAUUGCCCAGACUUCAAAUUCAGUAUUUGGAGGUUCAGACGUCAGUGAAUCCUUUUUCUGACACUUAUCACAUCUCAGGCAUUGCAUUUUUAUAUGUGAAAAAUAUUAAUGUCCGCCUCACAUUCUCCUUCUACCAGAUAAUAUUAUUUUACCUGACAUUCGUUACAUGUAGUGAAAUCCAUUGUCAGUGACUAAUUUCUUCAACCAGCCUUUUUACACUUUCUUCAAAAAUAUGUGCAUGUAUCUGAUGUAGAAUAUAUUUUCAUUGUGUUUCAUCAUGUUUCACACUUGCUCCUAAACUGUGAGUGAAAAUACCUAUAUCAUAUUAUUUCUCAGGAAGAAACUGUUUUCAGCAGUACAAUUUCAAUCAUGUGAAAAUGGGCCAGUGUAUAUUUAACCUACAUGUGAUCAACUUUUGAAAUAUAAUCUGAUAUUAAUAUUUGACCUGUUGUGUUACAUAGAAUAUUGUUUGGAUUAUGUAUCAUGUUUUAGACAUAGGUAGACCAAUAGACUUCAGGCCCAUAAUGGAAUAUGGCAUCUCUAAAAUAUGAAACUUGUUAACAUUUGUGUUAUGUUAACUAUUAUUUAACUGCGACAAUGUACCUUAUUUUGAACAAAUCAGUACGUUAUAAUGAUGUAACUAAUUGUGUUAGAAGGCUUAAUUUUUUUCUCACCCUUGCAUCAGUACUAGCCAUGUAGCAACACUUUCUGUGUUAAAUAAAAUCUUACAACACACUUGAAAUUUUAAAAAUAAUGGUACUGUGACAUCUUAUUGGAGAAAAAAACUUUUUACAAGUUGCAGAUAUUAUAAUUUUAUGGUUAUUUUAAGACUUCCUACCUCUCCAAACUGUAAAAAAAUGUUGCAGCAUUGCUUUCUGCAACAAAUCAUAAACGCCCAGAUCGCAUAAUAAUUGAAGGGUCAUUCCAUGUCACACUGCCAAAUUUCAGAACAUUUUCCUGCUUAACCAUCAAAGAUUUGGAUGAAAUUUGAUGUAGAUAUUCAUGUAAGUCUCCGAUGAACAUUUAACAGUAAUCAAAGCAGUACUGGCUAAGAUAUAGUCACAUGUUUGACUCCAUGCAUGACUUUGAGCAGGGUGACCAUGAAUUUCUGGUGAAUUUUAAUUUGGCCAAGUUGUACAACUGUAAACGUUAAUAAUGAAAAGAAUUUUACAAGCCAUAUUUAGCCAGAAAAUUGUAGUCAAAAUAGCCCAAAAACAUCGGCACUUGAAGAAAUUUCAAAUGUGUAUCGUAAAAUUCUUUUCAUUAUUAUUCUAAAAUGAGCACUUAGUUGUACAAACUGGCCCAAUUCAUUUCAUCCAACAAAUUAUUGCCUGAGAUAUAACAGCUCAAAGUCGAUAGAAGUUCACACUCGCUCUGCUCAAAGUCGCGCAUGGAGUUAAGCAAGUGACUAUGUCCUGUCCAGUAUUGCUUUGAUGAAUGUUAAACUUUACCAAUGUAUAUCAGGGAUAUGUGAGAAUGUUCACAUAAUUUUGUUUUUCAAAAUCAGUGAUGGUCAAGCAGGAAGACCUAAGUUAGUUGACAUGGAAUGUCCCAGGUAAAACUACAUCAUUCCAGAGACAUUUCAAGUCUUAAACAUCGAAUAUGGCCAUUGCUUCAGUCUGCAUAUAUGCAUAGUAGAUUUUUAGGACUUGAAAAGUUCUCUGGAACCGUACAGUUUCAUUUGAUUGAAGCACCUAUGUCUGAGUUUAGGCAGGAUCCUCUGUUUUAUUCAAUGCUGAGGAUGGAGAGCCUCUACAAUGCUGCUUGACUGUGGGAGGAGUACCAGCAGGGCUGAGGUAUGAGUAGGACUUUGGCUUGAGGAGGGAGGUAGUCUGUGCGGUUGUGCAAAGCCACUGUGCCAGGGUGACAUAGUGAUUUGCACAUCUGCCUAGAGAACAGAAGACCCUAGUCAAAUGUGCACAAGUAAGUGGACGGCCAUUAACUGACAAGAGUUCCCUGCCAAAGGCAGUAGUCAGUUAAUAUGAUUUUUAUGUGAUCUGGGCUAAAAGUAAUGACUACAAGCAUUAGUGCAGAACAUAGGUACAGUAGAUAACACCUUUUACAUGGUCACUUAAACAGUGAUUCUUCAUGGCUUAGUAAGUGUCAUCAUUCACCAUUUUCUAUAGUGUGUGGUAAAAGAAAUGACAAAUCUUGGUGUUUUAUAAAUGUCAGUCCAUGACUAAUCUUACCAAUUACAGUAUUAUGUCUAGGAUCUGAAUAACAGAUCCUUGAAAAGCUUUAACUUGUAUUAUAUCAUAUCAUAAUCAUGGACAGAUUAUGGUUGUGUAUUUAAAACAAUUAAUUGCAAUGCAAAUAUAUGUGCCAAUUGGAAACAAGUAAUUAAGACAGCCAUGCAUGAAAUUGUUGUAUCAAAUAUCUGUACCUUAAUGUUUAUUAAAAUACAUCAUAUACCUUGUAUGUAUGUAGUAAUUGAUGUUUUGAUGUUGUAGUGUGCCAGCACAUGUAGUAUGACUAAGUCAAGUAAAUUUUAGUGUCUUGAUGUUAUUUUAUGGAUAUAUUUAUUUCUUACAUGUAGGUGUAGAUAUAGAUGUAGACUGCUGAAUAUUAUUUAAAUUCACUCUCAGUCAAGCCUGCAGUAUUCUUGUGCAACACUGUUUAUCACUCUAUACUUUAAUGUUCAGAUUAUGUUGGUAAAGGUAACAGCGAUUUACCAUGGGACCACUUUACAUUUAUGUAUGAGCCUACUAAUAGAAAUGACGAGAUCACAGUCAUAAUACUGUAGUAAAGUAAUUGUUUUGAAGUUAUCAGUGAACAACAUGGGUCCUGUAUGAACAAGUUUAUAAUCUGAAAACCAACUCAUAAAUUUAUAGCAAGGACCAGUUUAAGACCAAGGCAACACAUAUAGUAAAGUGGCAGAUGAACCUACACCAAAAUCACAGAAGGAAAUAAUUGUUAGGUUAGUUAUCUGCUCCAGUUAUUUGCUAUAUGUCCCACUGUUCAGUUUGUGUACAGAUCUGCACUACCUGCUCUACGCAUUCAACACCAUACUGCAUUCCUGCUCCAUGUUAGUUAGCUCUUAACAUUUAUACGGUAUGAUUUAUUAAAAAAAAAGUUGUUUCUUAAUAGGAAUGAACACUGAAAGUCAUGUCUGGUGUAUAAAAUUAGUUGGUGUUUGCAUCUCUGUUACUUUUAUGAUAUUAGUUGUGAUAACAAGAAGAAAUUGUGCACCCAUUGUUUGAUCCUUACUGGGUGGAAUGUCUGUUUUAUCUUUGACUUUAUCUGCAAAGUGUGUAUUUUAUAUGAAUAUGUAACAUUUGAAUAUUUCUAAUAAUAUAACACACAGGGCAAAAAUUUGUCCGUAGCAACAUUUUGAUAUUUAUUGAGUCUUUUCAACUUAAAAUCAGAAAAAAAUGCUUCCUACAAUUUACUGCCUUUAUGUUGCUAUGCUUCAUGUGUGUGAAAUGGAAUUUCUAUGACACACAGUAGUUAUCAAUGCUCUGUUGUUGUUAUGUGGUCAUACAAUUUUUGUUUUACAAGGUAUGUCAUUUUGUGAAAAUGAAUUGUGUUAACACAGUUAUUCUGUACCUACAAAUGAAGGCAGCAGCAUGAUAUAAGGAUUUAGGAUAGUAAUUCUGGAAGCCCCAUGGAUCUUACUUUUACAUUCCCACUUAUAUACUCCUACUUCUGUGUACCUGAGUGUGAGGAACAAAUUUUCAUGUAACAUCUGAUUCUAUAAAUUCUGUCCUGCAGAGCUGAUCUAACUUGUCAGACUGUUUAAUGUAGUUUGCAUUUACAGUUUACUGUAAAAAUAUUUUGUGUAUGUCUAGUCUAGUAUGACAGAAAGACACUUACUGUAAACAUAUUUUGUGUAUGUCUAAUCUAGUAUAACAGAAACAAACAUACUGUAAACAUAUUUUGUGUAUGUCUAGUCUAGUAUAACAGAAAGAAACUCAUUGUCAUUUGCUUCAGCAAUGUUGAUUGGUGUUCUGUGUAGGUGUGCUCUAUAAUUAAUGUGUACAUUGCUUUAAUGAUUUUCUAAAAUGUAUUUUACAUUUUUUGUUCAUCCUGUAGUCUAGAUCAACAAUUAAAAGAUAACUUUUGUGUUAGAAAAUGUAGCUCAGUGUUUUCUGUUUUGUUAACAUGUGAGAACAAUUGACAUCAGCUAUGAAUUCAAAAAUAUGGAAAGCUGUAAUGAAUGUCAUAUAUUUAAUAAAAGUCAGUGGAUGUUUAAACAGCAUAUUGGAACUAUACUGAUGAUCCAAAACAUUAUCUUUGUGUAUGUCUAGUCUAGUAUAGCAGAAAGAAACUCAUUAUCAUUUGCUUCAGCAAUGUUGAUUAGUGUUCUGUGUUGGUGUGCUCUAUGGCUAAUGUGUCCAAUACUUUAAUGAUUUCCAAAACUUAUUUUACAUUGUCUUUGUUCAUCCUCUAGUGUAGAUCAACAA